GGUUGAAUGCGCCUCACACCAGCUGAUGGUGAACGUCAACACUGGAGGAGGCGAGGCUGACUGUACCAGGCCAAGGUGCGUCAUUAUUUCCCUUCUCUCACCACACCUGCAGCCCAUACUAGGCAUUAUACCAGCUGGGUUCAUGGACCAUUUCGCGUUUUGUCAGGGAUAGAAAUAUAAAAUGAAUGGCAGUAGCACACAAACUUUUGCACAGAGCGGUGCGCUAUUAAGAGACAGAAGACAGAAAACCUUCAAAAUCAUCGUCAUAGGUGACAGCAGUGUAGGAAAGACAUGUCUGACGUUUAGAUUUUGUGGGGGUCGCUUUCCUGAAAGAACUGAAGCCACAAUAGGAGUUGAUUUCAGGGAGAAAAAGGUUAUAAUUGACCAUGAAGAGAUUGUGUUGCAGCUGUGGGAUACUGCUGGACAGGAGAGAUUUAGGCGGUCAAUGGUUCAACACUACUACCGUAAUGUCAACGCUGUUGUCUUUGUAUAUGAUGUCACCAGAAUGUCUUCGUUUCAGUCUCUGCCCUCAUGGAUUGAAGAGUGUAAUCAGCACAGCCUGAGUUACAACAUACCAAGAAUUCUGGUUGGAAACAAGUGUGACUGUAAAGAUCAAUUUGCUGUUCCAACUAAUGUAGCACAGAGGUUUGCUGACCACCACAGUAUGCCGCUUUUUGAAACGUCGGCUAAGGAUGACAGCGACUGUUAUCAUAUAGAUGCCAUCUUCAUGACACUUGCUCACAAACUGAAAGCUUCCAAACCAAUGAUGCCCAUCAGUCCCACUCAGUUCCCUGUGGAAGACAUCCACAGAGCACAAGUUACGUCUAUUGGUAGAGAGCGUAAUGGUGUUGCAGUUAAUGAUUCUAGUUCAUGCUUUUGUUGAUAUACUGCAUAUUACUCUUAAUUAUUUGAACUUGGUUCACUCAUCAGAAGUGUUAAUACUUUUGUUUAAGUAGAAAUUUGUACUCUUCCCAUGUUACUCAGUACUAAACAUGGAUAAUUUUUUUUUAUGAUGAAUUGGCUCAUGGACAGUUGAAGUACAAUUAUAUGUAAUUAAAUUUAUACACCAGUUUUGUUGUGUGUAAUGUUCCGUGAUCUAAAGAUGAUAAUUUAUGUAACAAUGUUUUAUUCACUAGGAUCAUCGGAUUCUAACUCGGGCCAGAAAAAUUAGAGAUCCUAGGGAAUGAAAUGUUAUUGCCCAUGAUUGUGUGAAUUGCAUGUUAUUUGUAUGGGUUUUGUCUAGGUUACAUACAGUGAGUUCCUGCUUAUUUGCUUUGGGUAUUGGUAGUCAUAGGACCAUUUUAAGUUAAUGGUAAGAUGGGGCUGUAAGGGUAAGAGCUUAAAUAGGAUUUUAAAAGUCAUAAUGUGUGUGUGUUUUUGUACUUGACAUUUUCUUGUUUCUCGUUACAAGGAAAUAGCAAAUGUUAAUUUUGUGAUAAACUAACAAAUGUCAUUACUAAGUAAUGACUGGCAAGAUGAUGGAAAAAAAAAAAGUGUAGCACAGUGAAUCUUUAUUGAUCAGUGUUUAGGCAAUGAAUUUGUUUGAGUCGUCAAUGAAUUCUCUUGAAUCAUUGGGAAGUAAAUGCUUGCAUUAAGUUUCUAUACUUGCCUAUUUAGAAUCAAUCUACCAAAAAAAACUUGUUUUAAUUACAGUACCAGAUUAGCCCAGUGGAUAUUGUCAGAAGUAAAAAAUUUGUAUCUCAUAUUGGUUGACUUAAUGGUAAUUUUUUUUUUAAUUUCCAGAUGGAUAAGUAUAUAGGCUUAUUACAUAAUAAAGACCAGAUAUGUGGCUAGUGUUUCCCCAAUUAUUGUAAUAAGAGGGUUACACAAGGCAUAUCGUCAUUGCCAGGACUAGAAUAGUAUUACACAUUUUAUUAAGGCUAUAUUAUUUUUGGUAACUUAUAAUUGGUAAAAUGACAUCUGCCAACGCCUUAAUUCAAACAGUUUACUUGCUGUGAUUGCCAGUCCUCACACAGAUUCCGUAAAGUGUGGAUUUAUCAUUUUUACAUUUAGUAUUUGACUGGCGUUUUAUAGUCCAUCAUUACACGAUAGCUUUAAAGCCCGAAUCUGAGGAAGUGUCUCUUAUCAUUCCCAUAUUUUUAUAUACCGGUAAUGAAUUUUAUGUUUGUACAUAUUGUCCUCUCUUCCAUAUAUAAUUGUAAUAUAUUCUGCAUUGUGUGAACAAUGUACAUUUACUUUGUAGAUUGUAAUUGAUAUAUUACUUGCAUGAGUUUAUAACAAAUGUGUUCGAGGUGUCCUGUAAAAAGUUGAAGUACCGUACCUAUAACAGCUGCGGACGCAAGUACAGAAUCUAAACUUAUGGCUUAAAUAAUCUUGUACCAAGAAUUUCGUAAAGAACCCCAAGAAAGAAGUUGACAAACACAAAUGUCCAAGAAAAGAUGUAUAUAUUAGGGCUGGGACAAGUUAGAUCUAACUUGUCCCAGCCCUAAUAUACAUCUUUUCUUGGACAUUUGUUAGUCAACUACUUUCUUGGUACAACAAGAUUAUUUAGGCCAUAAAUUCAGAUUAACUGUGGACUCAAGUCCACAGCUGUUAUAGGUAUGGUACUUCAACUUUUUACAAGACGGAUUCACUUAAUGUCACCACCUUGAACAUAUGUUAGAAAUUCUUGCAACUUAAGAGACGGGGAAGUAAUGAAAAUAAAGAAUUUAAAUAAGA